ACGAGUAAGUAGUAAGUACUUCUACCGGAAGUCUUGUCUGCAAACGCUGCAUGCAGCUUACUUACACUCGCAAAGCCGCUGAUUUAUAAAAGAAAAUUUGGUAAAUCUUGUACGCGCAGGUUUGUUAUUCAGGUUUAUAAUUUUACUGAAACGAUCUGCGUUCGUGUUAAGUUGUAAAGGUAAAACGUUGUCAAAUGUCUCUUUCGACUUGCUUCCGAGGGCAUCAAACGAAGUAGACUGGCAGACACACGCCGUGCACAUGACGGAAUACGGACAACGUAUGAUAUUGUGUCGUUAUUCACGGUCACCAGAAUAAACCGAUCCCAGACAGAUACAGUAUGCUCCACGUGCUCAUUUCGUGAUCUGGUCCACUACCCGGCAAACCUUUCACUGCAGGUUCGUUACUACGUGUAACAUGCGCACUAUUCGCUAGGAAUAUUUAACUACAGAUACAGCAUUUGCAUAUCGUAACCAUUUUCGUCAAACGGAGUGCUGAUUGCAAUAAUUUGUAAGUAAAAAUUACUGUUUGCACAAGUGCGCGUAAACAUUUUGCGUAGCAAACAGCGACUUGCCUCAGUUGCCUGCGUAUACCGUCGGCCAGCAGUUUAUGACGGUAACCUCAGAAGAACUAGGAUUGUGCUACUUGGGACAUCAGAAAUGCUGCAAAGCGGUACAACAAUCGUUUUGAGAUACAAUCGUUUUUAACACUAUACGGUAGUAAACCGGAUUUAUUAACCUGUCACAUGGGAAUCAAGUAUAAAGAAGUGCAGACUUCUCACAAGUCGGUUACAGAAAACUUAGCGAAAUGUGCCGGGAAGUUGAACUGCCUGUACAAAGAUCCAUCCAAAAAAACCGGUAAGACAAACUUAAGAUAACCUGGAACCAUGGUAAUUUAGAAAAUGCAGAACAAUGUUUAUCACAUAACAUCUCACUGAACUAUCCAACGUGUCUCAUCAAAUACUGAUAAAUAUACGUACUGCCAUACAAACAUUAUCACAGGUAAGUAGGAGGAAACGCAGUCAAAACGAAUUUAAUCCAAAAGUGGCAUUAUGACGUGUUGGUCUGCAGGCUCAUGCGAAAGAAUUCUCCGUCGAUAUUGUGGCGAUCGCUCACAACUGGUUUCAUCAUUGCCCAUUCAUACCAAACAAAAUAGUCAUUUCGACAUCGAUAGAACUGGAGAAUGAUACAGUGCCCUUUCUUAACAUAAACGGGUCGCUUGAGUGGGAAGAAGAUAUCCUGCCACGAAAGCAAACCAGGAGUCUUCCGAGCCGGCACUAAACUGUGUUCAAUGUUUCCAUACAGAACCGCUUCAAAAAAUCCACUGAAUCCGUGGAGCAUUCCAGGAUUAUGAACUUCGAAUUUCAACUCCACCGAUCGAAAAAAUGAUUCCCCAUCUAAAAAAAUAUAUGUUAAAACCCUGAAUCAAAUAGCGAGUAAAUCUUAAGUAAAAAGAAACAUGUAACAAAUAACAUUUCAUGCUGCAAAUUUAGUACAGCAAGGAACUUGGAUGAAAUGCGCCUGCAUUGAAAAGCAGUAAUCUACCAUAUAUUGCACCCAUACCAACCUGGAAGCGCUGACGGGUGAUGAAAAUCGAAAACACGUUCAGCAUCGGACAACAAGCGCGAAGAAUCUACCGUGUAACCAUAAACUGUCUGGCGCACACCUUCCGUCUCAUCCUCAUCUUCAUCAGAAAGACACCAUCCGCCUUCAGGAACCUUUCUGCGCCUCGCAGCAUCUCUGGGCACAGUUCGUUAUCGCCAAAGGAACCCAACAUUUCACUGAGAAGCAUGUCACAAGAUUCCGGAGCUUCCCAUUCUCGCAUGUCCGUCAUAACAAUGUUCACGUCCAAUCCCUGCCAGAUGCUAGUCACAUUUUCCUUUAACGCCGCAAUCGCGAUGGGAUUCUUCUCUAGUGCAUAUACGCGCACUUUAGCAUAACAGUCUCGGGCGGCAUUAAGUACAGCAGUAACCAGAGGACCCCGUCCGCAGCCGACAACAGCCGCAACAAACACUUCCGGAACAUCCUCCGCCGAUUGACGAUACCGGAUAAACUGCCGAACGGCAUUCUCGUAAUCCGAAUACUUCCGGUGAUCCACUUCAAAAGCUGAGUAGGAUUCGUUCUGAAGGUUGACACUGACCGUAUCCAGGGGAGGGAAAAUGGACGGCUGAAUGGAAUGUCGAGAAUGAAUGCCGCAAAUGAAUACCGCUUCCUGCAGUUAGAGGCGUAACGUGCCCAUGGCGCUGCCUUGUGGUUGUCCAACUCAAUUGCCCAUGGACCGCGGUGACCACAGGUCCACAACCUACACGUCCACUGUCUUUUAUAAUCCAAAACUCACUAUGAUCUAUAGAUAUUAUUAAAAUAUUCUACUAUGAAUAGUGCGCUUUUCUGGAGGUUACGCUCACUACGCCACCUAAGGACAACAGCAGCUACAGCUGUGGCGGCAAAUAAAUGGCCAAACGGUGUGUGUCUUCCGGACAAGCUCUUUACGUACGGUGCACGGUCAGAAGUUACUGUUGGCGACAGAUCAUCGGAUUUUUGAUUUCUACCGGAGGACACAUCUCCGAAAUCGAGAUUGCUGACUGUUUGUCAAUCUGUGUGCCCGCUAGUCAGCCUGUGCCUUGGAGAUGUCUCAUAUUGGACGUCGAGCGUUCAGAUUGUGACUGCUCUCAGUGAUGAUUUCCUUUCGAUGAUGUUCUCCAGCCUUUCAAAUGAAAAAACAAUCGUUUUCCGAAUCGGAAGUUAUUUGUUUAUCGGAUUCUGAUGAUUCUUCUGUCAUCGUUUUAUCCGAAUCCCCAUCGCCCAAGCCUGAUGCAGUGGUUCCUGUGCUGGAGUCGUUAAUAAAUGGCGACAGUGAUAAGACCGUUUUUGGAGAUGAGAAUAUUCCUCCCCUCUACGUGACGCCGCCCCCAAGUCCAUCGUGGAGGGAUGAUUGCUGUGAUGAGGACCACGAGAAAUUAGCGCUGGGCUCCGUGUCGGAUGAUUUGGCCAAAUUCAUCGCCCAUGACCAUAGUUCUUUCUACGAAAGAGAAAACGAUGAAACUACUCGAGAAGGGAUCCCCAAAGCAGGCCUUUCCGAUUAUAUCGACGAGGAUGUGUACGCUGCACUCGGCAGUGCCGGUUGGGAAGAGGCUGCCUGGUUGAUUAUCCAGUCGUUUUUUGACGACAAAGGCCUGGUCCAGCAGCAGUUGGAUUCGUUCAAUAAAUUCGUUUCCACGGAUCUUCCAGAAAUUGUCACCAGUUCAUUACCGAUUGUUAUAAGAAAAAACGAUGAAAGUUUUGGGUUGAAAGAACCGGAGCCCGGAGACCCGAUAUGUUAUCGGUACACCUUCGAAGGGGUUGGCAUCUCUUCCCCGUUUCGUGAAGGCCGAACGAGCGAUUCUGGGGUUUCGGUGCUGCAUCCUCUGGAAGUCAGACUUCGAGAUCUCACAUAUGAUUGUAACUUGUGGGUGGAUAUCAAAGAGACAAUACAGCGGCAUGAACGUGCGGAUGAAUCGGACAUUAUUAAGCAGGUUUACAUGGGACGGUUGCCCAUCAUGGUGCGGUCUGACUACUGUCAAAUGCAUGGUCAAAGUGACCCGGUUGUGAUUAGCGCGAUGGGUGAAUGCGUCCACGAUCCCGGAGGAUAUUUCAUUAUCGAUGGAUCCGAAAAGGCAGUGAUUGCCCAAGAGCGUAUGGCUGAAAACCAUUUAAACAUCACUCGCGUAACGAAUUCGAAGUAUCAGUACAAAGCUGAAAUCCGAUCCGUUCCGGAAACCGGGAACAAGACAGCAAGUCCGUUGUGGGUUAACAUGCUUUCGAAGCCGCUGCAGUGUAAUUCCAUAACUGUGCUGUCAGUGGGAUAUCCGAUUGUGGCCAUCAUACCCUUUGUCAAGCAGGAAAUUCCUAUUAUGAUCCUGUUUCGAGCUCUGGGUUUCGAAACCGAUCAAGAAAUUGUGCAGCUAAUCUCCCUGAACCAGGAGGAUAACGAAAUUCACGAAUGGCUGAAGCCGUCGCUGAUGUAUGCUCAAGCCAUUCAGACGCAAGAACACGCUUUGAAUUUCAUUGGAAAUCGGAGCGCAAAGCCAGCCGUCGUUAGGUCAGAAAGGAUUAGAUUCGCCAAGGACAUACUCGAGAAGAAUGUUUUACCACACGUUGGCACACAUGCCGAUUUUUCACGACGGAAAGCGUUCUUCUUGGGCUACAUGGUCGACCGGCUGAUCCGUACGGCCAUGGGACGGUGUGAUUGUGUCGACCGGGACCAUUAUGCGAACAAGCGCCUAGACCUCGUCGGUCCGCUAUUUGCCACCCUCUUUCGUCAGCAGUUUCAAAAACUGCGGAAGGAAAUGACGCUGACGCUUGAGAAAGAGUUGCAGAGAAAGCCUAAUAUUAAAACUGGCCUGAAUGUCGCAUUAGCCCUGAAGAGCCGGAUCAUCACGGAUGGUAUGCGCUACGCCCUGGCCACCGGCAACUGGGGGGAAGCCCGACGUUUCCAGACGAAUCGGGUUGGCGUCAGCCAAGUGCUCAAUCGGCUGUCGUACUGUGCUACUCUGUCCCAUUUGAGGAGAAUUCGAACACCGUUUCCCACAGCGUCCAAGAUGGCGCGGCCCCGGCAGCUGCACAAUACACAGUGGGGCAUUGUCUGUCCCUCCGAGACACCGGAAGGUCAGCUGGUGGGAUUGAUCAAGAAUUUGAGCCUCAUGGCAUGUGUGAGUGUCGGAUCGGAUGUUGUGGUUGUGCGCGACGUUCUGGAAGCCUGUAAAGUGGUACCGUUGUUAGAGAUUGAUCCGGCUACGGCAGCUAGUAUAUUGUACCCAGAUGAAUCGGCUCACCGGAAAUGCGGUGCGCGUAUUUUUGUGAACGGAGAUUUCUUUGGUUUCCAUGAGGAUCCGGAGGAAGUUGUACAGCUGAUGCGAAUAGCAAGGCAAAAAAAUGACAUUUCUUUCGAGGUGUCCAUCACGUGGGAUAUAUCUGCGCGAAAUAUUUACAUUCAUACGGAACCUGGCAGGGUUUAUAGGCCCUUCCUCGUCGUAAAAUCCGGCAGCACAAAGCGUAUCUUGGCUAUAACAGCUGCUGAUAUCAUUAAACUGCGACAAAAGGAAGAGCCGCGUUGCAAGUUUGAGCAUUUUGUUCGAGCCGGUGCCAUAGAAUACAUCGAUGUCAGCGAAGAGGAAACGAUUCUCUGCGCGAUGUAUCCUAGUGAUUUGAAUUUCGCGUCGCGAAAUUGCACGCACUGCGAGAUCCAUCCUUCGAUGAUUUUGGGGGUGUGUGCGUCGACCAUACCAUUUCCGGAGCACAACCAGUCUCCACGGAACACCUAUCAAGCCGGCAUGGCCAAGCAAGCCUUGGGUAUCUACGCGACCAAUUAUGCCAGCCGUUACGACAAUGAUUGCCAUGUUAUGUAUUAUCCUCAGAAGCCUAUCGUCAGCACGAAGUCCGAACGGCUGAUUCUGAAAAACGACAAGCUGCCAGCCGGGGCGAACUGCAUCGUGGCCAUUGCAUCGUACACCGGCUACAAUCAAGAGGAUUCGGUUAUCUUGAAUACGGCAUCCUUGCAAAGAGGCCUUUUUCGGCACACAUUUUAUCGGACAUACGAAGCCACUGAGGAAAAGAAAAUCACCGGUAAACAUGCAGAGUACAUUCAGGUUCCGCCCACUCAGUGCGAAGGUAUGCGGGAUGCAAUGUACAGCAAACUGGACCGUGAUGGCAUAAUCCGACCGGGAACGAGAGUGUCUGGAACGGACUGCAUUAUUGGAAAGGUCAUCGAAAUGCGAAAUACCGGAGACGUAGCAAAAGACGAAACCGGAAUUGUACAGAAGGACGCCAGCAUCUUUAUUCGUACUCAUGAAACGGGAAUUGUGGAUGCAGCUUUCCGAAGUACAAACGAUGAAGGACGGCCGUUUUGUAAAGUACGCAUACGAUCUGUGCGUACACCGGUGAUGGGUGAUAAAUUCACCAGCCGUCAUGGACAAAAGGGCACUGUUGGAUUUUGUUACCCAGUGGAGGAUUUGCCCUUUACUACGCAGGGCAUAGUUCCGGAUAUCAUAGUGAAUCCUCAUGCCAUACCUUCGCGAAUGACCAUUGGUCACUUAAUGGAAACUGUCUUUGGAAAGGCGGCGUGCGCGUUGGGGCUACCUUUCGGAGAUGCCACGCCCUUCACCAAAGUGGAAACCAUGCGGGCAUGCAUCGCAGACCUAAAGGCUCACAAGUACCACCCACAUGGGAACGAAGUCCUUUUCAACGGUUUUACGGGAGCCAAGUUAAAUUCUCCUGUGUUUAUUGGCUGCACAUAUUACAUCCGGCUGAAACACCUGGUGGAAGACAAGAUGUUUUCGAGAGCCAGGGGAUCGAUGGUUCUGCUGACCCGUCAACCGCACGAAGGACGUGCAAGGGGUGGAGGUUUACGUAUAGGAGAAAUGGAGAGGGACUGUUUGAUAAGCCAUGGAGCGGCAUUAAAUUUACGGGAACGGUUAUUUGAAGUAUCGGACGCGUAUCGGGUGCACAUUUGCAGCCAGUGUGGUUUUAUGGCCAUUGCCAAACUUCACACGCAACAUUUCCAUUGCAGCAAAUGCGUGCGUGAAACAACGAUAUUUCAAGUGACGCUUCCUUACGCAUGUAAACUAUUGUUCCAGGAGCUGAUGUCGAUGGGUAUUUUGCCUAGAUUACUGUUUACCGAUUCGCCGGGUGAAAAUAGCAGCAAUCUAAACGUGAACGUGCAUAAAGUUUCGUGA